ACACUCGCCGGGCCGACGCGCAGCCACUCGCACCGUCCACACGCGCGCGGGCGGCGCGGGGCCCCCGAGACACGCCCGCGCCCGCCGCUGCCGCCCCCGCCCCGCCCCGCCCCGCGCCGCCCCCCCCCCCCCGCGGCCGCCGGCCCGCCCCCGCCCGCCCGGUCCCGCGGCCGCGAGCAUGCACCCGACGAGCUAGGAGGAAGCGGGAGCCCCGCAGGAAGCGCCCAGGCCGGCCGAACCCGCCGCGUGCGCCGCCCCCGCGGGCAGCGCCCCCUCCCUUGCGGGCUCCCCCAGCCCCACGCCCCCCCACCUUCCUGGGGGGCGGGGGGGUGCGGGCCGCCGGACCCCGGGGCCCCCGCCGCCCCAGAAGCCCCGCGCAGCCCCCGCUCCCCGCCCCCCGCCCCGGCGCGGCCAUGGAUCUGACCAGCAGCUCGGGCGGCGGCGACCCCCGGCAGAUCGAGGAGACCAAGCCGCUGCUGGGGGGCGACGUGUCGGCGCCUGAGGGCACGAAGAUGGGCGCCGUGCCCUGCCGCCGGGCCCUUCUGCUUUGCAACGGGAUGAGGUACAAACUGCUGCAGGAGGGCGACAUUCAGGUCUGUGUCAUCCGGCACCCGCGGACCUUUCUCAGCAAGAUCCUCACCUCGAAAUUCCUGAGGCGCUGGGAGCCGCACCACCUAACGCUGGCCGACAACAGCCUGGCGUCCGCCACGCCAACUGGGUACAUGGAAAACUCAGUCUCCUACAGCUCUAUCGAAGACGUUCAACUGCUGUCCUGGGAGAACGCUCCGAAGUACUGUUUACAGCUCACAAUUCCUGGGGGAACUGUCUUACUGCAGGCUGCCAACAGCUACCUGAGAGACCAGUGGUUCCACUCCCUGCAGUGGAAGAAAAAGAUUUACAAAUAUAAGAAAGUGCUGAGUAACCCCAGCCGCUGGGAAGUCGUCCUGAAAGAGAUCCGGACGCUGGUGGACAUGGCCCUGACCUCCCCACUGCAGGAUGACUCCAUCAACCAAGCCCCACUGGAAAUCGUCUCGAAACUGCUCUCGGAGAACACAAACUUGACUACCCAGGAGCACGAAAACAUCAUUGUGGCGAUCGCUCCUUUGCUGGAAAACAACCAUCCGCCGCCAGACCUCUGUGAAUUCUUUUGCAAGCACUGCAGAGAGCGGCCCCGGUCCAUGGUGGUCAUCGAGGUGUUCACCCCCGUGGUCCAGAGAAUCCUCAAGCAUAACAUGGACUUUGGGAAGUGCCCGCGGCUGAGGCUGUUUACUCAGGAGUACAUCCUUGCCUUGAACGAGCUCAACGCGGGGAUGGAAGUGGUGAAGAAGUUCAUUCAGAGCAUGCACGGCCCCACGGGGCACUGCCCGCAUCCCCGGGUCCUGCCCAACCUGGUGGCCGUGUGCCUGGCUGCCAUCUACUCCUGCUACGAAGAGUUCAUCAACAGCCGCGACAAUUCCCCAAGCCUGAAGGAAAUCCGGAACGGCUGCCAGCAGCCCUGCGACCGGAAGCCCACCUUACCUCUGCGCCUUCUGCACCCCAGCCCGGACCUGGUGUCUCAGGAAGCCACGCUGUCCGAGGCGCGGCUCAAGUCGGUGGUUGUGGCCUCCAGCGAGAUCCACGUGGAGGUGGAACGCACCAGCACUGCCAAGCCGGCGCUGACGGCCAGCGCGGGCGACGACAGCGAGCCCAGCCUCAUCGACUGCCUCAUGGUCAGCCCUGCCUGCAGCACCAUGAGCAUCGAGCUGGGCCCGCAGGCCGACCGCACGCUCGCCUGCCACGUGGAAAUCCUCAAGCUGCUGUCGGAUUACGAUGACUGGAGACCGUCUCUGGCCAGUUUGCUUCAACCCAUUCCAUUCCCCAAAGAAGCUCUCGCGCACGAGAAGUUCACCAAGGAACUGAAGUACGUGAUUCAGAGGUUUGCUGAAGACCCGCGACAAGAGGUCCACUCGUGCCUGCUGAGCGUGCGGGCCGGCAAGGACGGCUGGUUCCAGCUCUACAGUCCCGGAGGGGUGGCCUGUGACGACGACGGGGAGCUGUUCGCCAGCAUGGUGCAUAUCCUCAUGGGCUCCUGUUACAAGACCAAAAAAUUCCUGCUCUCCCUGGCGGAAAACAAGCUGGGACCCUGCAUGCUCCUGGCGCUGAGGGGGAACCAGACCAUGGUGGAGAUCCUGUGCCUGAUGCUGGAGUACAACAUCAUCGACAACAACGACACCCAGCUGCAGAUCAUCUCAACCCUGGAGAGCACGGACGUGGGGAAGCGCAUGUACGAGCAGCUGUGCGACCGCCAGCGGGAGCUGAAGGAGCUGCAAAGGAAAGGUGGGCCCACCAGGCUGACACUGCCCUCCAAGUCCACAGACGCUGACUUGGCUCGUUUGCUGAGCUCUGGCUCCUUCGGAAACCUGGAGAACCUCAGUUUGGCCUUCACCAAUGUAACCAGUGCCUGCGCUGAGCACCUCAUCAAACUGCCUUCUCUCAAGCAGCUGAACCUGUGGUCCACCCAGUUCGGAGACGCCGGCCUGCGGCUCCUGUCGGAACACCUCACCAUGCUGCAGGUGCUGAACCUGUGCGAGACCCCGGUCACCGACGCCGGCCUGCUGGCCCUGAGCUCCAUGAAGAGUCUCUGCAGUUUAAACAUGAAUAGCACCAAGCUCUCGGCCGACACCUACGAGGAUCUGAAGGCCAAGCUUCCCAAUCUGAAGGAGGUGGACGUGCGCUACACGGAAGCCUGGUGAAGCUCCCGGCUCGAGGCAGGAAGAUGUUUGCAACUGCGACAAAACAACUCUUGACUAAUAGCUGUAGAACAGCCGGUCCUGGGGUCCACCCCGGUGCCCUGGCUGUGAGAUAGAUGGGGGAGUCUUUCUGGGGGCAGAGGGGGGAGGGGGUGGGGAGGGGUCCACAAGCACGCCCAGCCCCCGCCUAAUUCUUUUAGCUUCAUAAUUGGAACCUUUGACCUGAUCUAAAAUGGACUUUGUAGCAACAAGAGGAGCAUCAGCGGGUCGGGGAGGGGGUGGGGGGAGGGCCUGGGAUGGGGGGGACCCUUUGUGGAUUUUCUUUGCCUUUGUGUUUAAUGCUGUGUGGGAAAAGUCAACUCUGAUGCCACCGUUGUGGGCCGGACGAAGGAUGCUUUCUUCCUCCUUCCUCGAGGCUCCGAGCUGAGCUGAGAACUCGCCCCCACCCACGCCAUUGGGACAAGAAGACCCAGUCACGUCACUGCACCCGUCCUGUGUUCUCACCAUUGCUAUGCAAAGUGAUUCUUGUUGUACAUAAGAUUUAAAUAAUGCACCUAUUUAAGACAUGUUGACAAAUUGCGGGUCUGGGACCCGCCUCUUAUCUUAUUUAUGAAGUCUUUGACCCUCCCUCCCGCCCGCCCACCCCCCUGGCGUGUAGUGCUGUAUAAACCGGUCAGCUGUCGGGUUAGUGGUAGUACUGUUGUUAUUUUUUUAAAGGAAACAAACAGACAAAAAACAAGAGAGAGAGAGAGAGAAAAGAACCGCCUUGGAAAAAUUAAUUGCUUUUUCGUAAUGGAUUCUAUAUGCUGAUGCUCUCUCGUCCGUCUGUCUGUCUGUCUGUCCCCCCACCCACCCGCCACCAUGUUUCUGAUUUCCAGGUGUCUCCGGCUUCCUCGUGGGGUGGGGUCCGGCUGGGGAGAGGAGGGAGAAGUGGGGUCCCACGGCGUAGUCUUGCUCCUCCGAGGCCCGAGCUCUUUCUCUCGGCCCCUUUUACAGACUCGGAAGGCGGGUGCUCACCCGUCCUCCCCCGCCCGCACCGCCCGGUCGCAGAGCUGUUCCCCAUCUCCGCCCGCCUUUGCUGUCCCCCGUCCCCGACCAAGACUGCCACCAUGGGCCCCCUGCCGUCGUGUGCUUCACGUGGCCCCUCGUGCAUGCCCGCCUCUCUGCAUGGUCUCUUGGGAGAAGAGAGCUACGUCGCCUCCGACUGCCCACCCCCCAUAAAUGUGACCACUGCAACGAAGACGCUCCUUCCGUCCCCCCACCUGCUCCGAAGACAAACCAACCUCCGUUUCUUUUAUAAACAGUCGGCUUUUUCUUAACAAGCCCUCACUGUACAGAACAGCCCGUUCAUGGUUUAUCUGGGGUCCCCCUCUCCCCCCAGCCCCUUUUUCUGUUGGUUUAGCACAAAUACUUCCCCCUCCAGCACCUCCAAACCUACCCCACAGUCAAUGUAAUUGUUUUAUAUAUAUUUAAUCUUAUUCAAUGGAAACCAUGCUUUUGUCGUUUUAUACUUUGCUAGGUAGACUUUAUUACCCCCCUACUAUGCCCUCAUUUUUUUAAAAAAGGAAAAAAAAAAAGAAAUUGGGUUUCAGUCUUAAUUCAUUUUCCGUGCCAGGUUUUAUUUCGUGUGCGUGUGUGAGUGUGUUCCGUUCUGUGUUUUGUUUUCCGUUGUUGCUGUUUUUGUUGUUCGGUUUUAUUUUCCUCCCCUCUGGUCCCGUACUUCACAGCACUCUGGUGCAGGAAGAAGCAGAAGCAAAAAAAAAAAAAAAUUUAAAAAGAAAAAAAAAAAAAAGAAGAAACAAGACAUGCCACCUUUUCCCCUCGCACUGUUGCUUUUCCUGAUGGUUAAUACUACUGUCACGUAGCUGUGUACAAAGAGAUGUGAAAUACUUUCAGGCAAAAAUAAACUGUAAGUGACUCAUCA